AAGAAAUUAAAAAUCGGGUGCGAAUAUAAGCGUGGUAAGAACCUUGUAAAGAAGGGGAAACGGUUUAAGCAUUCGCAUUUUCACAAAUUCGUCAUCUGACUGUAAACUGGCACAAUUCAAUGUCAACAUCUUUCAGUCUCCCGUUGCAGCUUUAAAUUGUUUAAAAAUGAAAGACAGCAAGAGACGAUGAUAGUCUCUUGAAGGCAGAAAUACGAUUAUAUCUAGGAAACUGAGGAUGUAAACAGCAAUUUAAAUAUUCAUAACCCAAUUAUAAGGGUACCGGGGAGGGGCUGGAAGGGAUGUACACAUACCGUUAGGUACUAAUAGUUUUGAUCAGGUUCUCAAAGGAGAAAACAAACCCACAAAUAAUUACUUUCGUCACUUAAAAACAAUGUUUCUGUUACCAUUCAUGUUAAAUUAGCUGAAACAUUGUGGAAAAACCCACUUGGGGAGGUCUCCCCCACGAGCCCGACCCUUCUAAACUCGUACUUCACGUGAUUACCAACAACCAUGAAAACCUAGACAACAACCUAGACAAAUUAAAAAUUUCAAUUACUCGCGGUCGUCGAAGCUUCGCGAUCUAUUCACUUCUUCUCUUGUUUCUCCGAGCAUAGAGUCUGAGGACGGUCUUUGUUAACAGGUCCAUCUCGGCGUGAAAUGCGGGUUUUCACUUUCCUGUUGCUUCUUGGGGUUCCGAGUGGAUGGGCCAGUGAGGUUUGUGACAAAGAUAAAGGCCCGACAGGUCUCAUCGAAUGCUUAAAAAUCGAGGGCUACCAGGGAGAGUAUCAGUGGGCAACCUGCCUGACAUCAGACCAUAUCCUAGAAAAAAGUGACCGCGAUCACAUCUGUGCAGACCGCACUCGACACUAUUGCUGGUACCCUUGCAUGUUCGAGCUGCAUCGCCAAAGUUCUGGCUCAGUGUCAGACGAUUGCACCUGUACUAUAUACCCGCAGGCCCCUUCCAGUAUCAUCCCGCCUCAAGAGUGCUACAGCCCUGCUGGAGAUUCCUGUUAUUGGUAUCGUAAUUGCUUUGAAAAGAGAAUUCUUUGCAAACCCUCAGGCAAUGCUUACGUCAUAAGAUAUGCCGAGAGGUUCUGCAGAGUGUUCGAAGAACAAAAAGCCAAAAUAAGUCCAGACGCGCAGAAGUGGAUGGAAGCUGUCCGUAAAUGUCAGCAGGUUGCUAUGGUACCAUUGCUGAGGGACUCAGAAGAUCAAACUUGUAACGAAAUAAGAGAGCAAGCUCUUGCUUCUUACACCCAGUGCUACUUGAAUCCAGGUGAAGGAGCGAAGUCGAUUUGUGACGUCUUUUGUUGGGACCACUUCAAGAUAUUUUGGGCAAUCAAGGCAUCGUUCGUCAAGCUAGAUACAGCUUGGGAGUCUCUAAAGGGAUUGUGGAACAUAGGAACCCAAUGUACUUCGCCAAGCAACCAAGAGGAGUGUUUCGAACGAAACUUAAAGAAUGUGANACUCGUAGCUCGUGUAGUUUGA